AUUUGAAUGACGGACAAGAUCACAGUGAAAAGAAGUUUGAUGUAACAGCAGAAUGUGCUUUUCACGGCAAAAACAACAAGGAUCCUGUUGACAUGUAUCGCCUUACUGUCUUGUUAUUCCAUCCAUCUGCUGCUACGCAGUGCUGGAGUUGUGGGUGAGGCUUCAUCAAAUGUGGAAAAUAUUGUCAGAAGUAUCCGUGCCUAUGAGCAGCUUGGCCUGAGAGCUUUUGGUCACCCAGGGAAGAUUGUAGCAGCUGUCAUCAUCACGCUACAUAACAUUGGAGCCAUGUCCAGCUACCUGUUCAUAGUUAAAUCUGAGUUACCAUUGGUCAUCCAAGCCUUCCUUGGCCACACAUCCAGCUCUGACGACUGGUUCAUGAACGGAAACUACCUUAUCAUCAUCGUCACUGUCUGCCUCAUCCUCCCGCUGACCCUGAUGAAACACCUCGGGUAUCUUGGUUAUACCAGUGGCUUCUCUCUCUCCUGCAUGGUCUUCUUCCUCUCUGCGGUAAUCUACAAGAAAUACAACAUUGCCUGCCCUCUGGAAGUGUUUGGCAACCACUCUGUGAACACAGCCAUCUCAGAGAACACAUGCACUGCAAAAUUCCUCACCAUCAACCAAGAGACGGCAUAUACCAUCCCCAUCCUGGCAUUCGCUUUUGUAUGUCACCCUGAAGUACUUCCCAUCUACACUGAACUGAGCAACCCAACCAAGAGAAGAAUGCAGAAUAUUGGCAAUGUUUCCAUCCUGGGCAUGUUCAUCAUGUACUUCCUCACUGCCACGUUUGGCUAUCUGACCUUCUACGAGAACACCGAAGCAGAGCUCCUCCAUACCUACAGUAAGGUGGACCCCCUUGACACUCUGAUCCUGUGUGUUCGGCUGGCUGUCCUGGUGGCUGUCACUCUGACUGUACCUGUGGUCUUGUUUCCUAUCCGCCGCGCCCUCCUGCAGCUGCUGUUUCCAGGGAAGUCCUUCCACUGGCUCCGUCACAUUGCCAUCGCCGUGUGUCUGCUGUUUGUUGUAAACCUGCUGGUCAUCCUUGUUCCGAACAUUCGAGACAUCUUUGGCAUUACAGGGGCAACCACUGCUCCCAGUCUGAUCUUUAUCCUCCCUGGACUGUUCUACAUUCGCAUCAUCCCCACUGACCAGGAGCCCAUAAAGUCCAGACCCAAGAUACAGGCUGCGUGUUUCUCUGCACUUGGUUUUAUAUUCAUGGCCAUGAGCCUGACAUUCAUCGGGCUUGACUGGAUGAGCGGAGAAAAGCGAAAUCUCGGUGGCCAUUAAAGUGUACCCCAAGCCAUACAGCGACAGCAGACAACUGCUGUGCUCCUCCUCCAGUCCUCUGGAUGGUAAGCAAGAUUCAUCCUACUGCUGGAAGGCUCAGGGCUUUGGUGGGACUGGUUUUAUUAAUCAUAAGGACAAUCCAGUCCUCCAUAUUAAUGAGAGGAGCUUAGUUUUGUCCUGUCACCCACAUAGUUUGAUCUAUACAGUACCACCAGGAUCCAUCAAAGUUGGUGCUCCUCUGCUCCACAUGAAGAGCUGACAAACAUGUUGACCAUGGAGGACCCUCAACCAUUAAAAUUUAUUUGCCUUAACACUGACUAAAUGUGGUGCAGAAUGACAGAAAUAUUAAAAGCAGAUUGGGCAAAUAUUUAAAUGCAGCAAAAAAAAAAAAAAUCUGUUUAAUUAUCAGUUAGGUUUGGUAGAGAAAAUGUAUUUGGUAUACACUUGAUAAAAAAUGCUAUCAUGGUAUUCAAGAUUGUGGUCCAAUUUUUUCUGCUCGUCUGAGAGUAUGAGGUAACUGAAUAAAUUCACUUAAGUAAUGUUUUGUGAACUGUGAUUUAUGCAACGCAGUAUUUGGCAAACUGGAAAAGAUUUUUAGCUUCCAUCAGCUAAAGUCAAGUAUGAAGUUUAUGCUGCUGUGAACCAAUUCAUUUCAUAAUUCAUUUGUAAAUUUAUUCUAGAUAGCAUAUGUGGAUAUUGUGAUAUUGUAAUAAAAAUUUCACAAAAGAUGAA